AUGGAGCAACAACAGCAAGUCCAACCUCAAGGUGGUGUACCCGGUCCAACUGGACGAAGAUUACAUAUUGCGCAUCGAAGAAGCCCUUCAGAACUUACUCCGUUGAUGAGUAUGUUCUCUUCCCCUGGUAUGGAACAAUUGGCUAUUCAGCAACAGAUUGAGCUCUUACAACAACAGCAACAACAAAUUCAAGCUACACAUCAACAAUAUGUCAACAUGGGAAUCAUUCCCAAUCAACACCUUGCUGGCCCUGGCCAAGGUUUCAAUCCUUUACAACAACAACAAAUGCAAAAUCAAAAUGCGUUUCAAUUUUCCAAUCAAUUACAACCACAACAGAUGAAUGUACCCAUGGGAGCUCCAACACAGCCACUGUCACAUCGUCGUAAUCAAUCGGCAAUUCCAAAUAUGGGUAUGGGAGGUCCACCACCUGCUCCAUCUUCAGGUACAUCUGCUCAAGGCUUUACUCAAGACUUUGGUGGAAAUAAUCCUCGUGGUGAGAAUCAAUCUACAAGGGGUGGUCGUGGUGGUGGACCUCCAGGUGGUGGACAUCAAAGACGUCAUUCUCUUGCUUUACCUGAAGCCAAAAAGGCAGCUGAAAUCGCACAGCAGAAGAGAACUACUUCUGGAUUUCAAUUUCCUAUACCUGGUGCAGGUGGUGCUACAUCAACUGGUGGUGAGACUGGAGAUAAUGUCAGUCCUGCAGAGGAUAAGCCUACCCAAAGUACCGGCAAUCAUUUGACACCCAGCUCUGCUACGCGUGGUGGUCGUGGUGCUCAUGGUAGAAGUCAAAGUAUGGCUGUUGGAGGUGGUCAAAAUGGUAGAGGUGGAUCUACUCAACGGGGUGGUGGCUCAUUUCAAUUCCCACCAACACAAGGAUCUACAGAUAACGGAGCAGGCCAGAAUAACGACUUUGCGAGAAGAAACAGUUCUCAAACCGGACAUGCUCGUGCCUCUUCUCGAAACUUUGAUGGUAACUGGAGAAAUCAAGUACCUCAAAAUGCGGCUCCUCAAGACCCACAACCACAAAUGGGUAACUUUCAAGGCCAACAAAGCCAAGGUAGUUUCCAACCAGGACACCGAAACCGUGGAUCCAUUAAUCAGUCCAUGAGCAACAUCGGUGGAUUUCAAUACCAAGGUCAACCUCAAUUGGUUCAACUUCCUCAAGGACAGGUGAUCAUUCCUCAAGGUUUGUACCCCGGUCAACAAUUGAAUCCUUUGCAGCUUAGCCAGCUCCAAGCAUUACAAGCUGCUCAAAUGAACGGGCAAAUGGGUAUUCAAAAUAAUCAGCACGCUCCACAACUUAAUGCUCAACAGCAACAACAGCAACAACGUAAAACCUUGUUCACCCCCUAUCUUCCACAGGCAACCCUUCCAGCGCUUCUUGGCGAUGGUCAGCUCGUUUCGGGUAUUUUGAGAGUCAACAAGAAGAAUCGUUCUGAUGCUUACGUCACUACUCAAGAUGGCUUACUUGAUGCUGAUAUUUUCAUUUGCGGUAGCAAGGAUCGCAAUCGGGCUUUGGAAGGAGAUCUUGUUGCUGUUGAAUUAUUGGAUGUUGAUGAAGUUUGGGGACAGAAGCGUGAAAAGGAAGAAAAAAAGAAACGCAAGGACAUCACCGAUACAAGGACCGGUGGAUCGAACAAUGGAAACAAUGACCGAAAUCACCACCGCGAUAAUUCUACAAACGGAGAUGAUCAAAAUCAAGAUGGUGGAAUUAGAAGACGUGGAAGUUUGAGACAGCGACCAACUCAAAAGAAGAAUGAUGAUGUUGAAGUCGAGGGUCAAAGUCUCUUGCUUGUUGAAGAAGAGGAAGUCAACGAUGAACAGAAACCACUUUACGCUGGUCACAUUGUUGCAGUCAUUGAACGUGUCGCCGGACAGAUGUUCUCCGGUACUCUUGGUCUCCUUAGACCUUCCAGUCAAGCUACCAAGGAAAAGCAAGAAGCCGAACGUCAAGCUCGCGAUGGAAAUUCCGGACGUCACCAAGAACAACGCCAACAGGACAAGCCAAAGAUUGUAUGGUUCAAACCUACCGACAAGCGUGUUCCAUUAAUCGCCAUUCCUACCGAACAAGCCCCACGUGAUUUCGUCGAGAAGCAUCAAGAUUAUGCCGAUCGUAUCUUUGUUGCUUGCAUCAAGAGAUGGCCAAUUACCUCUCUUCAUCCUUUCGGUACACUGGUUGAACAACUUGGAAAGAUGGGUGAAUUGAAGGUUGAGACUGAUGCCCUUCUUCGUGAUAAUAAUUUUGCUUCUGAUGAAUUCUCAGACGCCGUUACACGUAGUGUUGGUCUUGAUGAUUGGUCUUUGGAAAAGGAAGAUGAAACAUCUCUUUCCACUAGACGUGAUUUCCGAGAGGAGAAGACCUUUACCAUCGAUCCAAAUGGUGCGAAUGAAUUGGAUGACGCUAUUCACGUGAAGACUGAAGCCGAUGGAAAGAUCGAGAUUGGUAUUCACAUUGCUGAUGUUGCUCAUUUCAUCAAGGCAAACUCUCUGGUCGAUAGAGAGGCACGCAAGCGUGGAACUGCUGUCUAUUUGAUGAACAGAUCUUGUGCUAUGUUACCGCCAAGGAUCUCUUCUGAUAUUUGUUCUUUGACCCCAGGUCAAAAUCGUCUUACAGUCUCAGUCGUUUUCAAGGUUAACCCUCAAACCGGCACUGUAUUCGAGGACGAGACAUGGAUCGGAAAGAGUAUGAUCAAGAGUGGUGGAAAGUUGACAUAUAAGGAUGUCGAUGCUGUACUUUCUGGUCAAACCGAUAUCAAACUCGAGGGUGCUGAAGUAAAGGAUAUUCAAAUCCUCAAUGCCGUUGCUCAAAAGUUCCGUGAAGCCCGUCUUGGCUCAGACGGAGAGACCAUUGCACCAUUAAGACUUGUCUAUCAAUUGGAUGAUGAAAACGUUCCAGUUGAACAGAACAUCUUUGAUUCUACUCCAUCUCACGAAUUGAUCGAAGAAUUGAUGAACAAGGUCAACUCUUACGUCGCACAAAAGAUCUUUAAAGGUCUUCCAGAAAAAGCACUCCUUCGUCGACAAGGACCACCAAAUUCAAGACGUCUUCAAACACUGUCUGAUCGUAUGAACAAGAUUGGUUACGAAAUUGAUACUUCAAGUAGUGGACGUCUUCAAAAUAGUCUUUUCAAGGUUGAUGAUACCAGUAUUCGUAAGGGAAUGGAAACUCUCUUGGUCAAGUCCAUGCAUCGUGCCAAAUACUACAUCGCUGGAAAGACCCAACCACAUCUUUACCCUCAUUACGCUCUCAACUUACCAUUAUACACUCAUUUCACCAAUCCAUCUCGCCGUUACGCAGAUUUGGUUGUCCAUCGUCAACUCGAAGCUGUUCUUUCUGAAGGCAGGAUUGAAUACAACGAGGAUAUCGAAACUCUCGUCAAGACCACUGAAUCUUGCAACACAAAGAAAGAUUCAUCUCAAAAUGCUCAAGAACAAAGUGUUCAUAUUGAGUCAUGUAGGAUUAUGGACAGAAAACGUGAAGAAGCUGGUGGUGAACUUAUUAGUGAAGGUAUCGUUGUUUGUGUUUAUGAAUCUGCGUUCGAUGUUCUUAUUCCAGAAUUUGGUUUCGAAAAGAGAGUUCAUUGUGAUCAACUUCCACUUAAGAAGGCCGAAUUCAGAAAGAAUGAGAGAGUUCUUGAGUUGUACUGGGAGAAGGGCGUCCCAUCUUCCGCAUAUGUUCCAGAGGAUGAACGUCCAAAGGCCGGUGCAUCUCAAAGAACUACGAACGCUGCUGCCGCUGCCAAGCAAGCCGCUGUUGCCGAGAGAGCCAAGAAGGAACAUGAAGAGGCUCAACGAAAGGCAAUGGAGACUGGAACUAUUUCAACUGAUGAUGUUGAUGCUUUAUUCGAUGAUGACGAUGAUGCUUCCGACAUCGCUGGUAGUGUUGCUGGUGUCUCUCUUGCUGAACGUCCAACUCAAAGUGUUCCACCAUCUCCAACCAAGAGCUCAAUGUCACUUGCUACCAACCUUUACCGAACUCGUUCCGAGUCAAAGGUACCAACUAGUGAAUCUAUUGAAGCUAAGCUUAGUGCUAAGGAGAAGUACUUGAAGUUUUUCACCCUUCGUGAAGAAGAUGGUGAAUAUAUUCAAGAUGUCAAGGAAAUGACAAGAAUACCGGUUAUUUUGAAGACUGAUCUUACCAAGAGUCCCCCAUGUCUCACGAUCAGAUCUCUCAACCCUUACGCACUUUAA